GCCCAAGAUGACCCCCUGCAGUGUGGUUUCUAAACAGAGCUGUGUUUGCCCUGAACUCCUCCUUGCUCCCUGUCAGUUUGUGGUUCCUGUUGUUAUGGGAAUAAUCACACCACUCGCUAACACCUUCCUAUAGCCUUUGCAGACUUCCUGAGAAUCAGAGAGAAAAGCUGCUUGUCUCUGCCUGGGAACUUGACAAUGUUCAGAAUUUCAGAAGCUACACACGGGUCACAGAUAGCCAUGAUUCCCAAAUAUUCCUUGAGGGGACCAUUCAGAGGGCACAUGAGUAUCAAAAGUAGUCCCUUUUCUCCUGGUUCGUCGUGCAAGCUGUCAAGUCAGUACAUCAUCCAAGACCAAAUGGCCACACAUUACAGAAAAUUGCUAUCUGCCAAAGCUGCUGUUGAUUCAUCUGCUCCAAAGAGUUUGAACACAAGCAUCAAAUACAGGGACCAGCAGAAAAGAGAGAAGCUAAUCCAAGCAGUUGAGAAAUACAAGAAAGAAAUGGUUAGAAAUCCUUCAACACCCUCAGGCCAUUCCAGGAACAUUUCCACUGAGAAUCAUAAAUGGCUACAGAGCAACCUGAAUUUGCUUUCAGGUGGAAAAAUGUCACCCUUGAAAAAAAGAGAACAUUGCCCUCUUAAUUAUUUAAAAAUGACACUUUCAGGUCAUCAGUCUCCAAUUUUAAAGUCAGAGGAGAUCAUUCAAGAUAUUGUCCAAUGGCCUUUAUCUCAGAUUUCCAAUAAAGGAAGAAAUACGAUACAGCAGCAUAGUCCACAGGUUCGCUGGUCUUAUCCCCCCCUUCCGAGCCACAGCAGGAUGAAGACGUUUCAAAUACCUUGGAAGACAGCUCUCAGUGGAGAUCUACUAGACACACAUGCAUGGUGCUUUACGAAAACCAAACAGCCUUUUACGCCCAAAGUUUUAAAAACAGCAAAUACAUCUUUCCUUUCAAGGUACAGGUAUUAUAACCAGCCAUCUAAAAAGAAAAGUCUUUCAGCUGCCACGCAACAAUAUAAAAAGCCAGCUAAGAUUUGCAGGUCUUUGGAAGAUAAAUCUCUAAGAUCUUAUGCAGAUUAUCACACACAGCACCCAAUCAAGGUUACUGUAACCUUGUUUAAUUUUGGAUGAAAUGUUAUGAGGAGUAAUAAUAUUCAUAUGUGAAGUUUUAGAAUGUGAGUGUAAUGUGAUUUUACUGAAAACAAUUGACAACAUCAUAAGAAAUACUGGUGUGUCCCCAUCCCUCUUUAAUUCUACUUUGAAGCUGCAGUAUAUAUGCAUUUUUUUUCCUACAGGAAAGUUCUAAUGAAUUAAAUGGGACUCACUUCUAUGUAGAUAUAUGCUGGAUUUGCUGUGAAAAGUAGCUGAUUGGUGCUAUUAAAUAAAAAUUAAUUAACUAAAAUGUUUAGUAAUGACAUUUGCAUAUUUAGCAUUUAAAGUAUUCACAGGCAUAUAAUGAGAUUCAUCGUCAUCAAGUAUAGGAUCUUGGUGGUGACUGUAGAGAACUAUUCUUGACCUGCAUGUUAUUCUGCAGAAGGAACAUUGAUUUCCAGGUGAAAGUCAGUCCUGGUCAGGAAGACGGUGAUCGGGCAUUCGGACAAUGUGGCGGAGUUGAUGGUGGAGGAUCAUUGCUUCUUUGCUGGUGGUCUUUGCUUCUUCCAGAACACUGACAUUUGUCUGCCUGUCUUCCCAAGAGAUUUUCAGGAUUUUCUGGAGUCAUUUCAGAAGUUGAGUGUGAUAUCUGUAGAUGGUCCACGUUUCGUAGGCAUAUAACAGGGUUGGGAGGACAAUAGUUUUGUAGACAAGCAUCUUGGUAUCCCUGUGAAUGUCGGAAAAAUGCUGUACUUGCAGAGCUCAGAUGGUGUUGUAUUUCAGUGUCAAUGUUGAUUUUUGUGGAGAGGCGGCUGCCAAGGUAGUGGAAGUGGUUUACAUUUUCUAAAGUUGUACAGUUAAACUGUAUUUUUUUCUCAAUGUUCAGUUAGAGCUUUUCAUAUGCUUCUGCAAAUGUGUUUAGAGUGGCUUGUAGGUCUUCUUCUCAAUGUGCACAAGCUACAUUAUCAUUUUCCCCAGCAUCAUUAUCUUGGAGAAGAUAAUGAUGCUGGGGAAAUGGAAGGAAAAGGGAAGAGGGGCCAACCAAGGGCAAGAUGGAUGGAUGGUAACCUUAAAGUGACUGGCUUGACCUUGAAGGAGCUGGGGGUGGUGACAGCUGACAGGGAGCUCUGGCGUGGGCUGGUACAUGAGGUCACGAAGAGUCUGAAGAAACUGAAUGAAUAAACAACAAAUACGUUAUCAUCAGCAUAUUGGAGUUCUAUAACAGAUGUUGUUGUGACCUUGGUUUUGGCUUUCUGACUGCUGAGAUUAGACAUCUUGCCAUCUGUCUGAUAGAUGAUUUUCCACACCGGUGGAAAGCUUCUCCUCAACAAGGUGCUGUAUUAUAGCGAUGAAGAUGGGGGAAUAUGGUUGGGGCAAUAACACAUCCCUGAUUGACACCUGGUUUCACCUUAAAUGGAUAACUUUGGGAGCCACUGCUUUCCAAGACUCUUGCCAUCAUGUCAUCAUGGAGGAGCUGCAAGAUCUUCACAAAUUCGUCAAAGUAUCCAAUUUUUUGGAGGAUGGAGCACUGCAAUUCACUGUGUCGAAUGCCUUUGUAAGGUCAAUGAAUGCCAUGUACAGAGGUUGAUUUUGUUCCCUGCAUUUUUCUUGGAACUGUCGCACAGUGAAGAUCAUAUCCACUGUUCCUCUGGAAUUCUGGGAGGAUGUAUUCUGAGAUAGGUAGAAGGCGGUUUGCGAUUAUUAUUGUGAGGAUUUUCCCAGAGGAGGUUAGAAGAUACCUCGAUAGUUUCCAUAGUCUGUUCUUUUCCCCUUUUUAAAAAGGAUGAUUGUGGUGGCAUAUUUGUAGUCUGCUGGGAUUUUCUCAGUAAGCCAUACUAUUUCAAUGAGCUGAUGGAGUUGUUGUCAACUCAGGUCCACCCUCUUUAAAGAUUUCAUCGGUGAUCCCAUCAGGUCUGCUGAUGGGAUUUUGUUAUUUUUUUAGUUGGCUGAUAGCUUUGCUGACUUCCUCCAAAUUAGGCAGUGCUGCAAGCUCAUCCCUGGUUUGUUGUUGCAGGAUUUGCAAGAUAACCUCUUCAACCACAUUGGAGUUGCAAUUAAGGAGAUUGUGGUAGUGCUCUUUCCAACAUAGUGCAAUUGAUCUUUUAUCCUUAAGAAGUUUGGUUCCAUCUGAUGAGUGUAAAGGGUAUAUGCCAUGAUUUCUUGGAGAAGGGCUCAUUUGGAGUGCUCUUAAAGGGCUUGGGUGUUCAUUUUAUACCUUAUCUUUCUUCCCUUGAGUUUGUGUUUGGGAGCGAUCUUGAUGGUCAUCAUAGAUCAGAUUGUCCAGCAGUCAUCAGCAUCUAUCAUGGCUCUUGUGAGGAGCACAUUGUGGCAGUCUCUGGCACGUAUAAUUACAUAGUCUAAAAGGUGCCAAUGCUUUGACCGGGAGUGCUUCCAUUAUGUCUUAAGCUUGUUUUUCUGGUGGAAGAGUGUAUUUGUGAUGAUAAAGUUGUGUUCCGCACAUUUGAUGGGAAGUAGGAUUCCAUUCAGAUUGCUGUUACCAACCCCAUCUUUUCCUUUGGUCCCUGGCCACAGGUUGCAGUUUUAUCCAGCUCUCACGGUAAAGUCACCCAGGAAGAUGAUUUUGUCCUCCUUGGGUAUCUCCUACAGGAUGUUGUCCAACUGAUAGUAAAAAAAAAUUCCUUGAUGUCUUCAUCAGCAUCUAGUGUUGGUACGUAGGCACCUAUUAUGGUUGCCUGUUGAUUUUUUGCAAGUUUUAUUCAGAGGGUUGAGAGUAGUUCAUUAAUGCCAAUGGGUGCUUCGGAUAGGUGCUUCGCCAGAUUGUUUCUGAGAGCAAAGACAACUCCAUGUAUUCUUUGUUCUUCUUCAGGCAGUCCCUUCCAGAAGAAGAUGUAGCCUCUUUUUUCUUCCUUCAAUUGUCCCUCUUCUGCUCUCCGGGUCUCCUGAAGUGCUGCUAUGUCAAUGUUAAAGGAUCCCAGCUCCCUUGCAGUUAUAGCAGUCCUGCAUUCAGGGCAUUCACUGUCUGUGUUAGUCAACAGUGUCCAUACAUUCCAGGUUCCAAAGUUCUUUUUUUUUUUUUUUUGCCGCAAGGUGGUAACCCCUCUGUAUAUGGCAGUCCAGUCAGGGAUGAGAGAGACAGGCUAUGUUUGGGGCAUCUUUUCUAGCCCUCUCCCCUUGUGGAGUGAGCAGAGUGAAUCCUAAAAAGGGCUGCUCAGUCGUGGAUACAUCUGCAAACUACUCAACUGCCUCAAACCUUAAAGUAGAGCAACUGAAUCCAUAUCCACCACCCACAUGCCAAUCUGUGACUAGGAGAUUUCACAGUCCUGCCCCUGUCACCACUCACUGAUCGCCAUGGGACUUUUGUUGGUUUAGUUUUAUUUUUCUUGGAAGACGCCUGUGCAUGAAGUUUUUUCAUUGUGUGGUGGUCAGUGCACAGCCAAUCAACACACAGUCUUCACAGAAUAAGGGUCCCGUCCAGUAGCAUGGUUAACACGAUGACGGUGGCUUCUCAUCCGUUGCAGCCUUUCUCCACCUUACAGCCAUUGCAACAUAUGCCAUAUUGUCAUCCACCUGCCUCGCUGUUGAGGUCUUCAAAUUGUGCUUGGUCUGGAUCCUCUGCUGAGGUCCCUCCUGGGACAUGACUCUGACAAUUACACCUGCAGGUUUGUUGGAACAUGCAAGCUCCUUCACCACGGCAAGGUGAUAAUCCAUCAAGGGAAGCAUAAUCCUUGAUUAUAAAUGUAAAAUAUAAUAAAUCUUGAAAGCACAGUGUUUAAAAACAUAGAAAUACUACCAGAAUUCUCACAAUCCAGCAUAUUUCUCACAAUCCAGUAAGUCAUUCUGACAAUCCAGUAAGUCAUUUAAACUCUUGUUUUAAUGACUUACUGUGUUUUAUUAUUUUUUGUACAUUGUUCAAUAUAUUUAUGCUGUUGUUUCUGUAAAUUGUGCUAGUUGGGCCUUGCCCCGUGUGAGCCGCCCCGAGUCCCCAUGGGGAGAUGGUGGCGGGGUAUAAAUAAAGUAUUAUUAUUAUUAUUAUUAUUAUUAUUAUUAUUCCAUCAAAAAGUGACUAAAAGCAAAAAAAAAACCAUGUAGCAUAAUGUGAAAUUGUAUGGGAAAAGCACACUAUUAUGUCACUUUCAAAAACCUUACACUUUAAGAAAGCUAUUAACAAGGUACUAUGAUCUUAGAGUGGGGUACUAUGAUCUUGUUACUGAGCAAUGAAGAUUAAACACACUAAGUGUGAAAAGUCUUUGUGUGUACAAUAGAAUUGCAAUUAUAUAAUAUAUAUAAUCAAUGUGCUUUUUUCAGGUUAAGGUGCAUAGGAACCAAAGCCAACCAAAGCAGGAGGCAAUAAAAUUAAUCCCCUCAAACGCCCCAUAUUCCACCUCUAGUAGUAAAAUAUGAUCAUGACAAAUUAAAUAUCUAGUAUUUGAGGCACACACAAAAUCUGCUUCCUUUAGUGGUUGAGUCACACUGCCGUAUGGUAGCGCUGGCUUGUUUACAGCUAUGAAGUACCAUCCAAGUGUUUCUGAAGUGAGAAACAAUUGAUAGGUUAUGCACCAUAAUAUUUCAUACUCAAAUGGCAUUUCUCAUAGACUUUUUGGAAGGAAGAGCUGUUCCUCAGGGAAAGAGGACAUGCCUGACCUGUUAAGAUAUAUGUAGUAAAAGGUGUUUGAGAGCUAAUGCCUGCCAAAGUAGCUAAUAACUGACCCAAGAGAAAACAGUGCUCCCUCAGAAUGAAGUCAGGAAGGAAAUGCUGGGAAUUCCAGCAUUCUAAGAGGCAACACUUUGCCCAUUCAUUCCUAGUCUAUAUUCACACUUCCUAUGGAUUUUUCAUUGGCUAAUUUGGAUUUAUUAUGUGAGGAAGCCUAAUGACUUUGAACUGACUUCGUAAAUAACUAUGUUAUACUGGAGCUGUCCAAGUGCUGAAUUUCUGGAAUGAUGGAUGUUUUAAAAAUGUGGCCUGCAUUAAAAGAGGAGAAGAUUGAUCUUUCAGGUCUGGGCACUCAUUUUCUCCCAUUCCUAGCUGGCAACAGAGUUUACUCGUUUAACUUAAAGGUUCUUUUAGAUGUACUGCACUCCCACAAUGUGGGCAAAACGUUAGGGGAAGAAAGAGAUAGAAAGAGCAUGUUUCAUUGGGAGCAGAGAAGAAGUGGCAAGCCAAUAUUGCUUUUCUAUGUUGCCAUAUUAUUUGGUUAGCCAGGUUCUAACACAGUGGUUCUCAACCUGGGGUCCCCAGAUGUUUUUGGCCUACAACUCCCAGAAAUCCCAGCCA